UACUUGGGUAUCAGAUAUGCUAUUCUGAGUUGUCUUUAGCAUUUUUCCUUACUUAUAUUCAUUAGUUGUACUCUGUCUUUAUCAAGAAAAGUUGUCUACUCUUUGUAAUGAAAGUGUCAUUUUGGUAUAUGUGACUAAGCACCGUAUGAAAUUGAGAUUUUGUAGUAUUUCUCAAUAUGGUAUUCAUCGACCUAGAAAAGGCAUACGAUAAAGCCCCAAGGGAGGUUCUAUGGAGUUGUUUGGAGGCUAGAGGUGUUCUUAUGGCGUACAGUAGGGCGAUUAAGGACAUGUACAAUGGAGCCAAGACCUCGGUAAGGACAGUGGGAGGAGACUCAGAGCACUUUCCAGUGACGAUGGGGUUGCACCAGGGAUCAGCUCUUAGCCCUAUUCUGUUUGCCUUAGUGAUGGAUGGACUGACGCGACAAAUCCAAGGUGAGGUGCCUUGGUGUAUGCUAUUCGCGGAUGACAUAAUUCUGAUUGACGAGUCCCGCAGCGGAGUUAAUGCUAAGUUGGAGGUGUAGAGGCAGACCCUGGAGUCUAAAGGGUUCAGGUUGAGUAGAACCAAGACUGAAUACUUGGAGUGCAAGUUUAGUAGCGUCACGCAUGAGGUUGACAUGGAAGUGAGGCUUGGUACUCAGGCCAUUCAAAAGAAAGAAAUUUUCAAGUAUCUUGUGUCUAUUAUUCAAGGAAAUGGAGAGAUUGAUGAGGAUGUCACUCAUCGUAUUGGUGCAGGGUGGAUGAAAUAGAGGCUUGCAUCCGGAGUCUUGUGUGAUAAGAAGGUAUCACCAAAACUUAAAGGCAAGUUCUACAGGGUGGUGGUUAAACCAACUAUGUUGUAUGGGGCAGAGUUUUGGCCAGUCAAGAACUUUCACGUUCAGAAGAUGAAAGCCAUGGAGAUGAGAAUGUUGCGAUGGAUGUGUGGGCAUACUAGGAGAGAUAGGAUAAGAAAUGGAAGCAUCCGAGACAAGGUGGGAGUGGCCUCUGUGGAGGAUAAGAUGCGGGAAGCGAGAUUGUGAUGGUUCGGACAUGUGUAGAGGAGAUGCGUUGAUGCCCCAGUACGAAGGUGUGAAAGGCUGGCUAGGGAUGGUUUUAGGAGAGGUAGAGGUAGGCCUAAGAAGUAUUGGGGAGAGGUGAUUAGACAAGACAUGGCUCAGGUUCGACUUACUAAGGACAUGACCUUAGAUAGGAGGUUAUGGAGGGCACGAAUUAGGGUAGAGGGUUAGUAAGUAUUUUAGUGUUGUCUUCCUUAUCCGUGCAUACUAGUAGUCAUAGUAUUACUCUUAUAGGUCCUUAUAUUUCGAUAGUAAUUUGACAUGCCUUUCUACUCUGCUUUGGAUGCUUGGCAUUACCUCUAGCACUAUCUGAUUGUUUCUUUUACUACGCCGUCCUACUAUAUUUCUGCUAUUUCGGCUUAUUAUCACUGUUUAUUAUUACUAAUGCUUUUUAUAUCUCUCUUUGAGCCGGGGGUCUAUCGGAAACAACCUCCCUGCCCGUCAAAAGGUAGGGGUAAGGUCUGCGUACACUCUACCCUCCCCAGACCCCACAUGGUGGGAUUAUAUUGGGUACUACAGAAGACUAGCAGGAAGGAAGUUUAGAUACUCGACAGCAACUUCUGAGAAUGAACCUCGCUAUUCAUGGUGACAGCUCCUAUGCUGCAGUAACUGUUCCUGUCAAGCGGGGGCGGGGUCGCCCGCGCAAGGAUCACAGCCUAAAGCGUGUAAAAACUGCUAAUUUUCCACCGGGAUUUAAACAAACAAAAGAGAUCCGACCCCAACAAGUAGAUACAGUUAAUGUUGGGAUAAUAGGUCAGCCAGCAAAUGAUGGGAUGAUAGGUCAGGCUGUUACAGGUGUUGUUGAAUCUGCAUUUGAUGCUGGUUAUUUGCUCAGUGUUAGGAUUGGCGACUCCAAUACAAAUUUCAGGGGUGUUGUUUUUAAGCCAGGGCAUUUUGAUCCUGUCACAGCAGAAAAUGAUGUGGCACCACAUGUUCAGAUGAUUAAAAGGAACGACAUUCAUCUACCCGUUAGAAACCAAGUUCAGGCAUAUGGCCAUGAUCGGAGAAAUGUAUCACCUCCAACAACAGCUCCUUCUGUCCCUUUGGUGGGAGCCCGCGGUGCUGUUGUUCCUGUUGUCCUUCAACCUGUCAACCCGACCAAUGGAUUUCCACCUGCUACGCAAGCUCCUCCAGAUUCAUCCCAAGCUGCUCAUAUGACUGUUGCGCCCUUGGCUGCGCUGCCACCUAAUGGGUCACUAACGACUAGUCAGGUUACUCAAGUCGGCGACCAAGAAGCACUGGUCACUGCGCAGGAUGGAGGUGGUUCCCUUGGUGAGGGAGCAACAUUAGUGCAACAGAAAGAGGUUAAGCCAAUUAUAUCUAACAACGCAUGUAAACCUGUUGAUAUUGGCGACAUGAAUGAGCUUCCUUCUAUAGGACCAAGCGAUUCUAUAAAUUCCCCUAUUCCUACCAAGAUUACCUCUGUUACAAAACCUUUGAUGAAUUACGGGAUUGGCAGGAUGACAGAGCUUUUACAGGCGGUGCAGGAAAAUCUGAUGGAGAACCAGGUGCUUCAUGCUGGGGAAUCAUCCAUUAGCGACGAGUACAAAAGCUGAUGGUAAAAAAGAGGAAUUAUGUGUUCAGUCGCACAGACGUCCUCAAGUUGUGAUAUCUGACAUCUCCCAUCCCCUGGCUCGGAGAUACCUUGACAACAUGUGGUUCAAUGCUUUUGAAGUUGUACCUCAUCGUUCCCAUGGAAUGAGACAUCUGGGGCGGAAAUUGGGCAGGUGUUGUGAUUCAAAAGCCGCUUGUCUAGCAUGAAGAGGUCCUUGUUUUGUUAUUUUCUUAAUUUGCUUAGACAAAAUAUCUGAAUUUCUUGAGGUGUUGUGAUGAAGAAAUUGUCUAAAAUGCUAACUUAGUCGGACAGGCACUCACAGUGAAUCAUAAAAAAAGAGUAGGAUCAGAGAGGAAGAGUGAUUGACCUUUCAAUUUUUCUUUCAUCCUUUCCAAUGGUAGAAAACAAAUAGUGAGAGGCUUCGCCUCAUUUCUUGA